GUCUUGUUUCCUUUCCCUUCUUUCGUGAACGAGCUUGUUGCCUCUUGAAGAUCGCAACGGAUCUGAGAAAACGGGAGCUCCGCCCCUAAAAGGGCGGGGCGACGUAAACGGCUACCGUCCAGAUUUUCCUCCCGAUAUUAGUUGCCCCUACCACUCCUCGUACGUACCACGUGCUUCUCAGUGUUCUUGUAAGAGGGAGUUGAUUUUGUGUUAGCGUUCGCUCGUUCCCAACACAUGACAAUUAAAUACUUGUAUUAACUUAAUUAAUUUUACACUUUUUCUAUUAAAUUUACCCGAUAUUAUGUUGGAGCCCAUCAACCCUAGAGAAAAGAAAGUAAUAACGGCCGUGUUGGAGAUGUAUAAGUCUCAUAAAUUUUUAUGGGACCCUAUGCAUUCCUUAUAUUACAACAAAGAUGUAAGGAACCAAGGUUUGAAUAACCUUCUGGCUGUAUACAAACAAUUGCAUCCUGAUGCGACAAUUGUAUCCCUUAGAAAAAAAUUGGAAAAUAUGAGGAAUACGUUUAAUAAGGAAUGCAAAAAGGUUGAAGAUAGCAAAAGUACAGAACAGGAUGCCAACAAAGUUUAUGUACCAAAAUUAUGGUACUUUGAGCAUAUGAGAUUUCUUAUUGGCAAAAAAAUUUCAAGAAGUGAUAAGAAUCCUUUCGAAGAUUUUAAGGAGAGUGAAAUGAUGAGUGAGCAGUCGACCCAAGAACCGGAGACACCUUCCGCAGACGAGUCCUUACCGCCUCCGCCGAAGAAAAUCAAAAAGAACCCGAAGAACACAGCAGAGGAGAUGUUGGGAUUGGCCGCCGAAUAUUUCAACACUCCGGAAAGCGAGUCCGAAGUGGUGGCCAAGGGGUGGGCCAUGAAACUGAACAGGUUGUCUCCAGACCAGAGGCUCUUUGCGGAAAAAAUUAUUAAUGAUACGCUGUUCGAAGCUCAACUGGGGAAUUUGACGAGGAACGGAGUUCGCUUUUUAGCCGGAUCGCAAUUCAAUUCGCACUAGCCUUUUAAUUUGUUAUAUUACCGAUGUUUAAUUCUUUCCGCGAUCGUUGCGAAAUCGUUUAUUUUUAUUUAUUUGCCUUCAUCAAAAAUACUUUCGAAAUCUUUUUUGGGGCAACUGGCUUAAUUACCAAGAGCUUUUAAGGAUUUUCAAAAAGAUCCAAGUUCCAGACUAUGCUAAUUUAAAGUGUGUUCAUCAACAUCAAUCCAUCAUCUUGAAUUUAUUAUCAAUCAGAUUAUCUUUUUGUUACAAAUUCUACAUCAAAUUUGCGUUUUAUUCCCAUAAUACACCCUCCUAAUCUUCCAAUAUUAACAUUCCUAACGACAAAAACGUCGUUAACCGUUCUUUUAUUAAUUCGGGUACAUUAAUUUAGAAUUUCCAUCCCCUUUCUUUCUAUUCAUUCAAAUACAUCCCUGCAUAUACUGUCUCUUAAUCCCAAUCUCAUCGUAUCCUUCUCUAAUAUAUAUGUUUUAUAAUAAAUUUGUGAUAUAUUAUCUUUGAGAAAAUCCAGUUGUACAUUCAGUAAAUGUAUAAUUUGGUUUGCUUGUAUAUAGUAUAUUUAUUUUAGAAAAUGUUUACUAUUAAGUUUAUUGAUCGACGUGAGUUAUUGUUAGUAUUUCUUUAAUUGUGUGAAAGUUUGGUCAUUUAUCAUGGCCUACACCAUGUAUAUCUCGUUUUUGUUUAUGUAUCUGUAUAUAUCGCUGUAUAUAUUUUUAUAAACUAGAAACUAUGUUUGAAUGAGUUAUCUCCAAUUUUAUUCCAAAAACGAAUAAGAAAUAAAUAAUGUUAUUCAUAUUGAACAACAUAAAUAUUUGCUAUAAACAAUAGCUUAAUGUUUUAUAAUACCAU